GUAGUGUCGGUAGGAAAUAUUGAAGUGACGGACCUUUCCAAUGGAUGGAAAACGUGAGGGAACGGCUUCGAAACGAGAAGAGCAUUUGAGGUCAUACAGUUUUAAAGUUCAAUUUAGAACUUGUUAUUUAACGGCAAAUUUCCAACACUAUUACCUCUAAGUGAAUUGAAUUAUAGAACUGUCAAUAGUAAAGUUGGAGCAAAAAUCUGAAUCGGAGCUAGUGAAGUGAACCAUGAAGAACCAUGAAGUGAUCACGAAGAAAACACUUAAUGGGGAGAGUAGGGGGGCGCAAGCUACCAGCAGCCAAUCAUCUGACUAUAUGGUUGGAUCAGUAUCAGGCAGCUUGUUUCUAAAGGAAGCUUCAUCCAGCUCUAGAUCGCUGGCAGCUUUAUUCUCAUCUGCACCUCCAGCUAAGGCCCUCAUUUAUGUCCGUGCAGUGAAGCCUGCUCCGAAGAGCAAGCAGGAGGAUAUGGUAGAUGCAGAAGUAAAAGGCCCAAGCAACCAGCAAAAAAAGAAAGCUACAAAGAGAAAAUCUGCUGCUGACCAAAAGGUGGAAAACAGAGAGAGUGCCCUACAGAAUGCAGAUGCAGAUGAGAAUGUCACAAAGACCCCCAUGAAGGUGAAGAGGAAAGUUUUAGAUGUGAGACAGGAGGGCAGUAUGGAGGAGGAGAUGGAGAAGAAGAGGCCAACACAAAGACAGAAGACUGAAAGAGUGGAGGAGAGGAUAAAGCUGAAGAGGACAGUGUUUGUUGGCAACUUGCCUGUCAGUUGUACAAAAAAAACCCUGAAAAUAAUCUUCAAGGACAAAGGGCUUAUUGAAACUAUUCGUUUCCGAUCACUGGUGAGAGAGGAUCCUGGCAUGUCACGGAAGUGUGCUACCAUUCAACGCAAGGUUCAUUGUCAAAAAACAAGUAUCAAUGCAUAUGUGGUAUUCAAAGAUGAGGAGGGAGCUGUACAGGCACUGGAAAGGAAUGGCAUGGAGAUUGAAAAAGGCUUUCAUAUAAGAGUUGACAAGGUUUCCCAAAAUUCCCUUCACGACCACAAGAGAUCUAUUUUUGUUGGAAAUCUUCCAUUUGAAAUAAAUGAGUUGCCUUUACGGCAGCACUUUGAUGAGUGUGGUACAGUGGAGGGGGUGCGUUUGGUGCGGGAUGUGAACUCUGGGAUGGGCAAGGGAUUUGGCUACGUUUUGUUUGAGAGUGCAGAUUCUGUCCAGCUGGCUUUAAAGCUGAACGGUUCCAAACUCCAGGACAGGAGCAUUCGUGUGAAGAGGUCUGUCCCAAAGGACAAGGCCAUCAAAAUGGCUUCUAAGAAAGGACCUAGAGGGAGGAGAGACAAGGGUCAUAACAAAGAGACAGAAGGAAGAGAAACAAUGGUCAGGGUGAAGGACAAAGGUACAAGUAAGGUUGAGUUCAAGAGAAGACCACGGCAGGGACCUCAAGACCAAUCCAUGGGAAAGCCGUUCAUUAAGAGUCCAAACAAAUAUCAAAACACAUCCUCAGAGUCCUUCAAAGGUGAGAUGACCGACCCUACCAAGAAACCUAAAAAGAAAGGGCUGAAAAAGAAACUAAGACCCAGGAGGAGCCAGAAGACUGUCCACAUUUGAAGAAUCUGUAUUGAAGCAUUGAACUGUAUAUGUAUCCGAUAUCCUGCCCAUUCACAUGUGGGUCAGAGUUUUUGCCAGAAAUUCCAAUGAUGUUGUAUGUGUUAUACAUGUGGGCUUUCAACUUCCUUACCGAUGUUUUAGAGCAGUGGUUCCCAAACUUUUCUGGCUCACGGCUCCCCUAAACAUAUCUCUCCAUCCACGGCACCCCUAUUUUUUUCUUUUUACUCUCAACCUCCUGUGUGUCAUAUUUGUACUUAAUGCCAUUUGAUUUAGGCUAUAACUGCUUUUAUUAUAGGCAUUACAUUGAGAAGGUGAGGUUUAUAUCAUUUUUGUUAUAUUCAAAUGAACCACUCUUUAAUUCAACUCAUUUAAUAUAACUUUUGAUUAAAUAGCAAACAGAAUAUGAACAGACAACGUCUGUCCCUCUCAACUAUAUCACAGCCAAAAUACGUAUGGUCAUAAUCGAGAAAUUGGAUGGCAGUAACAAAACAUAUCAGGAAGGAACCAACCUUCAAUAUAAAGUUCACAAAAAUAUAGUUAUAAUCGUCUCCACAGACCACUUAUCAACUUAAUGGGACAUAUGUGCCUGUCUCUGACUGUCAAGUAGGCCUACCUAUUCGUCUGUCACCCUGAAUAUCUCAUCUCCGGUAGCAUGGUUGUCCAGUUAUUUGCAAAAUAAAUUUUUUUCUGUAAAUUUGUCCUCAUCCACGUAUCUCACGAAAGUCUUGAAAUUUGAGUGAGAAUGUCGCCCGGUACAGACCGCAUAGGAGCGGCAGCCAUAUCUUCACGCCAUGUCACAGUUCAUAAUUUUACAGUUUCAGUCAAUUCUACAUCAAAAAGUCGAGCAGGGCAGCUUUCAAGAGAUAUUGGAUUGCUAGUUGUAGUUUGACGAACCGAGGCGAUUUAGGAUAUUUAAUUCAUGUUUCAUCUAAAUAUACGUUUAUGUUGUAAUGCACUUGAGAACCGAUACGAUUUGUAUGUCAUUCUACUCUUCAAAUCCGAAUGAUUGUCUCACGAAAAUAGACGUAAUUUGGAGCUGCACUUGAAAAACGAUAUUGAUGUCAAUGUUGUGCUACACUGUCCUAUUAUCGGAAUGAGAGUAAUAUGUGAAUGGUGUUGUAGUUGCGACUGCUGUUAUGUCACUGUCUGGUUAAAGCGAGCAUCCUUCUUUGUA